AAGUAACAAGAACAGUGUCACUAGAAUGUAGAGCCAGCAUAUAUUGUGCAAGGAAGAAUGGGGGAAAAGGACUCGUCUCCUUUUAGAAUCUCUGUAUAUCAGAAUGUGUAAGCGGGGCCAGUGAUAUGAUCAAAGGAGAUUGAGACUACGGCAGGCUCUUGGACUGGUAUCCUGUAAAAUCCAUAUCACUACAGCACAGGAAAAAUCAGAAGGAACAGCUUCUGUUCUGUGCAUGAAGAUGCUGGAGAGCUAUCCGAUCCUUUUGUCCAUAGUUACCAGCCUGCUCUUCAUCGUGCUGCUGCUUGCAGUGCUCAUCAGAAACAACGGCUGGGCAGCCAUUCUGUGGAAUGAAAUCAUCGUGCAGAAAAUAAACAAUUUCAUCAUGGGUCAGAGCAAAGAAGAGAGGAUUUUAAACUUCGUGCUGCAGAAUGCAGUCAGAGGAGACCCCCAGAGUGUAGUGGACACCAUAGAUAAGUACUGCUCUCAGAAGGAGUGGGCCAUGAAUGUGGGGGCUGAAAAAGGUUUGAUUCUAGAUAAGAUACUGGAGGAGACAAAGCCAUCAGUCUUGCUGGAGCUAGGGACGUACUGUGGCUAUUCAGCUGUGAGGAUUGCUCGGCUGUUAAAGCCCAGCGCUCGCUUACUGACCAUUGAGUUCAACCCUGACUUUGCUGCUAUUGCCAGACAGAUGAUUGAGUUUGCUGGAGUGCAAGAUAAGGUGAAAAUUGUAGAAGGCUCUUCGGAGAUAAUUAUCCCACAGCUGAAGAAAAAGCAUGAAGUGGACACACUGGAUUUCGUCUUUCUCGACCAUUGGAAAGACAGAUACCUGCCAGACACAAUCCUGCUGCUUGACCAUGGCUUGCUGAGAAAGGGAUCUGUUAUCCUGGCUGACAACGUCAUUGUCCCUGGGGCUCCAGAGUUCAUUAAGUACAUCCGCAAUAACAACAGGUUUGAAUGUACCAACUAUCCCUCGUACGUGGAAUACAUGAAAGUGAAGGAUGCCAUGGAAAAGGCCGUGUUUGUGGGAUAAAGGGCGUCACUGGUAUCUAACUGUUGUUUCAAGUGUUGUAAAUGCAACUGCACAGGUUAACUCUGUCUGUGCUUUAUGUUUAGCUUUCUGUACUUUUGGGGCUGUAAUUAAAGCAAGCUAUAAUGAAGAAGAUGGGUUUAGAGAAGAGGGAAACCAAGGACUAGCGAACAUGUGCACAAGUAGGGUAGCCAGCCAAAGAUUAGAGGGAGAGGCCUGUUUUUUUCCUCUUUUCAGAUGGCUAUCUGCAUCCAAGAGGAUAUCCACUCCCUUAAGAUGAUCUGCUCCUUGCCAAACAGCAAAACCAGUCAGUUUACUUUGAGUUCAAACCUUACUAGCCAAGAGUGAAACAGCCUCUCAGCUUCGCUGUGAUUUUCUGUGUCCUUAAGCCAAAACAGACUAAUUGCUUCUAAGAGAGAGAGAGACACAGUUUGCAGGGAAGGAAUAUUUCAGCAGCUCUGAUUUGGCUAAAUAACUGGCAAUGCACAGCAGUGAAGAAUCCGUCAGUUACAUCGUACACAUUCCUCGCUAGCUACUAGUAAAAAUUCCUUAUGUUCUGUGCUGGAGAAACAAACCAAAACACAGUUUGACAGUAGGAGA